AUGGGUAUUACCCGAGAAGCAGUGCAGGAGGCAAGGGAGAAAAAUAUUUUGAAGGAGGAAGAUGUGGUGAAGCCACAAGCUAAACCAUCUCCUCCAAAGAAUCCCAAGGCCAAGCCUAGAAAAUUAGCACCUACCUCCACUAUGCAAAAGCUAGUACCUCCACCUAAGUCUAAACCUGCAGCAUCUAUCGAUGGAGCAAAGAUAAGGAAGAAGGAGAAGUCCACAAGACAAUAUAUUGAAACAAAAGAAGAAACAAAGUUGGAUGAAGAUCAUGUAAGGCAAGUAAAGAAGACUGCUACCCAUGAAAUGGUAGUCUGGAAGCCUACAUCCAGAUAUGCUCCUCCUGCUAAGAAAGCUAAGUCUCAAGGAGAGCCAUCCGAAAAGGUUAAAGUUGACAAGAAGGAGAAAUCUGAAAUAGAUGAAGCUCUCAAGUGCGAUAAGAUUGAAAGUCCAUAUGAAAUUGGGCCCCCAUUGACUUUGUAG